GCGAGCUGUAGCCAUUACCUACAUUACCCAGAGUUCAAAACAGACGCAAACUGCGCAAACUCGCGUCGGAGCUGGCACGAAAACACGGCAACAGGAAGCAGCUCUGUGAAAAUGACUCCUAGCAGAUAGUAUGGAGAGGUAACCCGUCUUCAGAGUGCCACCGAGAGCAGGGCAGCGUGCCGUGAUCAGCCAAUAGGAAAGCGGCAGGGCGAUGACGGAGUGCUUCCUUCCACCCAAUAGCAGCCCUGCAGAGCAGCGGCGAGGGGCGGAGCAUCAGAGUGGCGUGCCUCGGACCCCCAGCUCAGAGGAAAUCAGCCCCACUAAAUUCCCAGGACUGUACCGUACGGGAGAGCCGUCGCCACCGCAUGACGGACACCACCAUGAGCCACCUGACGCCGCCUCUGAUGAUGAUAAGGAGCACGGCAAGAAGAAGAACAAGUUUAAGAAAAAGGAGAAACGAACUGAGGGCUACGCCGCCUUCCAGGAGGAUAGCUCAGCUGACGAAGCCGAGAGCCCGUCCAAGAUGAAGCGCUCCAAAGGCAUCCACGUGUUCAAGAAGCCCAGCUUCUCCAAGAAGAAGGAGAAGGACUUUAAAGUGAAGGAAAAAGGCCCCAAAGAGGAGAAGGCCAAGGACAAGAAGUCCAAGGACUUGACCGCAGCUGAUGUGGUCAAGCAGUGGAAGGAGAAGAAGAAGAAGAAAAAGCCAAGCACUGCAGAACCAGAGCCCGUUGCAGUGGAGACUCCAGCUACAGUCAGACCCAUUUUUGGUGCACCGUUAGCUGAAGCAGUGAGGAGGACUGCUCUGUACGACGGAAUCCAGCUGCCGGCCGUUUUCCGCGAGUGUAUUGACUACAUCGAGAACUACGGCAUGAAGUGUGAAGGCAUCUACCGUGUCUCUGGAAUGAAGUCGAAAGUGGACGAGCUGAAGGCGGCAUAUGACCGGGAGGAGUGCCCGUGCCUGGAGGAGUACGAGCCACACACUGUGGCCAGCCUAAUGAAGCAGUACCUGCGAGAGCUGCCCGACAACCUCCUAGGCCGAGAUCUGGCACCGCGAUUCGAGGAUGCUUGCGGACGCUCCAGCGAGGCAGAGAAGCUGCACGAGUUCCAGCGGCUGCUGGCUGAGGUUCCUGACGGAAGCAGGCUGCUCUUGUCAUGGCUCAUCACUCAUAUGGACCACGUGAUCGCCCGUGAGGCAGACACCAAGAUGAACAUCCAGAACAUCUCCAUUGUCCUCAAUCCCACUGUGCAGAUAGGGAACCGGGUGCUCUAUGUCUUCUUCACCCACGUGCGUGAGCUAUUCGGAGACGUGGUUCUGAAACCGGUGGUGCAUCCUCUGCGCUGGUCCAACGUAGCCACCAUGCCAGCCUUGCCUGACACCCAGGAGAGCAUUAAAGAGGAGAUCCGGAGACAGGAGUUCCUUCUGAACCGCCUGCACAGAGACCUGCAGGCUGGGAUAAAGGACCUGUCCAAAGAGGAGCGCCUGUGGGAGGUCCAGCGUAUCCUCACUGCUCUCAAACGCAAACUGCGCGAGGCCAAGAGACAGGAGUGUGAGAGUAAAAUAGCACAAGAGAUCGCCAGCCUGUCUAAAGAAGAUGUGUCCAAAGAGGAGAUGUCUGAGAAUGAAGAGGAGGUCCUUAACAUUCUCCUGGCUCAGGAGAACGAGAUACUGACCGAGCAGGAGGAGCUGAUCGCUUUGGAGCAGGUCCUGCGCAGACAGAUCGCCACGGAGAAGGAGGAGAUCGAACGACUGCGUGCUGAGAUUGCUGAUAUACAGAGCCGGCAGCAGGGCCGAAGUGAAACAGAAGAGUACUCUUCAGACAGUGAGAGUGAGAGCGAGGAUGAGGAGGAGCUGCAGAUUAUUCUGGAAGACCUACAGAAACAGAACGAGGAGCUGGAGAACAAGAACACUCAUCUGAACCAGGCCAUCCACGAGGAGCAAGAAGCUAUUUUGGAGCUCCGUGUUCAGCUCCGCCUCCUUCAGAGCCAAAAGCUGCAGCAGGAGCACACAGCUCCUCCCACAGCAGAGCAGGCCCCACCCACACAGCCCAGCCCAGAGGAACGAUCCAGAGCAGAGGAGCCGAUUAAACGCAACGUACCCGUAUCCAUGGCUACCCCAAGUGAUGCCAACGUCGCCGCUUCCACUACUCCAGCCAAUGGGAAGCCGGGAAAGGACGCUUUAAAAGCUUCCCCUAGCAAAACAUACGCUGUUAAUCAAAAUCCACCAAUAUAGAUCAAACACGUGAUCGGUUUGUGGCCAGUGAGGUGACGUUUUAAAGAUCAGCGCGUGCAAUCACUCAUAGGUUUGAACACUCAGACCACAACUGUGAUAAAAAGAUGAAUAAAUAGCUGAAGGUGAAGGGAUUGAACCACAGGGGGUGUGGAAGAGGUGUCAUGGUUGUUGGUGGGUUUGUUUUUGUUUUUUUGGAGUGGUGUCAUAAACUAAAUUAAAAUAUAUCUAAUAUCUAAAAUUCUAUCUGUAAUAAAACAAAGAGCUUCAACAUAAAUUUGGUUAGGAUUUAAUUUUUCUGUUCCAGGUAUUGCUGGUUCCAGGAUACUGAUCUCUCUUGUUCAAUUCUGGGAAAUUCUAAAUAUUAUUAAGCUCCUUGCUAGAAAAAGGUUCAAAUUUCUAACAUUGGUCUCUUCAUUUCUCUCUAGAUCUUUUUGUUUGUUUGUUUGUUUGUUUGUUGUUUUGUUGUUGUUGGGGGGUGGUUGUUAGGGUCCAGACCCAGGAUUAUGAUCGAAGAAGUCUGCAAAGUUAUUUCCGAAGGUGUGUGUGUGUGUUUUUGUGCUUGAGUGUGCGAGAGAGAUACAACCACUGCGGCAUAGGUGAAUGACUACAACCGGACCGAAGUUUUACACUGAAGAAAUAAAACAGAUCAGACGAAGAAGUUCAGAUGCUCUGAUUUUAUAUAUUUACGUUAUUUAAAUAUCUGUUGUUUUGAUUAUAUAUAGUGUUCAUGCUAAAGUGAAAAUGUUCAAUGAAUAGAGAUCUGGUCAGAAUCAGCUGAUGGUCACAUUGUCAACAUGUUGUUUAGGUUUUAAAAAGAUUUUGCAUCGUGUUUCCACUUUUGUGUUAAGAAUAUGAUGACCUGAUUAAAUUGUUUGCCAGUAAUUUAUCACACAGUUAUCUAAUAAUUCUCCAAUUUUUUUUUUAUUAUUAUUAUUGUUAUGACUAAGUUGUCUUUCUAAUUGAUUGAUUAUUUGUUGAUUGAUUAUUGCUUUGGAGUAGUAAUGACUCCAGACGUACUUAUGUGUUCCACAGGAGCCCAGAGAAUGUUGUCUAAAUGACCUUUCCUUAAAGCGCUAUAUAUAUUCUGCUUCCUCUUUGUGUUUGUGUGUGUGGUUUUUGCCCCCCCCCCCCCCCCUCCACUCAUGUUAUCAGAA